AUGGCUGCCAAGGAUAAGGUUAACGGGAUCAAGGGAGGAAAUGGAAAAGUUCAUGGGGUGGUUAAAGAGGUGCACUACAGAGGUGUGAGGAAGAGACCAUGGGGCCGCUACGCCGCCGAAAUCCGCGACCCGGGUAAAAGAAGUCGGGUUUGGUUGGGUACGUUCGACACGGCGGAAGAGGCGGCGCGGGCAUAUGACGCCGCCGCAAGGGAUUUUCGUGGGCCUAAGGCGAAAACCAAUUUUCCCUUGCCCUCUGAGGACCAUAGUCCCAGCCACAGCAGCACCGUGGAGUCGUCGAGUGCUGAUAACAAACAGCACGCGCCGAUCGAGCUGGAUCUCACUCGCCGUCUUGGCGCCGCCGCCGCCGCGGAGGUAGACGAAAUCGGUGCUGGUGGUGUUGGAGGCCUUGUUCAUGUUAAUGGGUAUCAGAUUUUACAACAUCGGCCGACCAUAGCGGUGAUGCCAAAUGGACAGCAAGUUUUUUUCUUCGAGCAAUUGAUGCCCGCGAUGGUAGACCACCGUGCCGGAUCCCGCCGGCUGAACAAGGCAGCAGUUGAUUAUCGUAGCGGCGGCGGCGUACAGAGUGAUUCGGAUUCUUCCUCUGUUUUCGAUGGAACUGACACAAUUACGAAGAGGGGGCUUGAUCUUGAUCUUAAUCUUAAUCUGUCGCCUUUAAUGGAUUAUUGA